AUGCAUCAUUCGACGUUAAUCCGGACAUCUGUGGACGAGAAUGAAUCACAGUCUUCGUUCCAAACAGCUUCAACCCCCUCUCAAUACGUUGGUCACUCCAGUGAAAUCAACUUUACGAAACUUAUCAUUGCCAAUUUGCAGUCUCGGACUUUGGCAGCAAAGACACCGAAGCUCACUGAAGCCCUGAUGUCUAUCCAUCCGAGACGACCCCCGGCUGUCAACACGAUCGCCAACGACCUUCCAAGUUCCGUGAUAGCCUUGCAACUUAUAAAGUCUUACUUCAUCGGCCAUCAUAUAGUGUCCCCUUUUCUCUCCAGAAAGGAAAUCCUAAAUCUCUAUAUGGCAGUGUACCAAAGCCAUGAAACUACUCGGACGACGGAUAACGGCUUCACGAACGCGUCCCAAUCUCACCAGAACUUAUUCAGGCUCAAUAUGGUAUACGCUCUA